CUCUUCCCACUACUUGCAUCGUCCAAGCAAAUAUUAACAAAACUAACUGCCGCUGCAGCCAUAGCCACCAUUAUAACCGCCGCACCUGCACCUUCCAUUGCAUCCUCAGAGCCUUCGUACCGUGUCUACUAUGGCACCGCUGCCAGCGCCGCAAACUACGGCGGCUACGGCGGCAACUCUAGUAAGAAGGACUCCGCUGAGUAUGUGUACGAUGUCCCUGAUGGCUGGAAGGAACGUUUGGUCUCUAAAGUUGAGAAAGGCACCAACGGAACAGACAGUGAGUUCUACAACCCAAAGAAGAAAUCAGAGAAGGAGUAUCUAACUUUCCUCAGCGGGUUUCGCCAGCUUGCACCAAAGGACGCAGUGUUAAACAACUUGGCUCUCUCGGAUGUUGAUUUGCAGGACCUCAUCGCGAAUGCGGAGAGCUUGACCUCUGAGGAAGUGAAAGAUGAUCAGGGACAAUUGUAUUAUGUUUACGAGAUUGAUGGGGUUGGUACUCAUAGCUUGAUCUCGGUAACUUGUGCUAAGAACAAGCUAUAUGCUCAUUUUGUCAAUGCUCCUACUCCUGAUUGGAAUAGAGACAAGGACAUGCUGAGGCAUGUUCAUGAGUCUUUUAAGACAGUAGGGUCCUAUUAGCAAUUUGGUUAUAUAAUUUGAUAUGAAACCUUUUGAAGUGUUUCAUGGCUCUCUGUUUUAUUUGAAGAGGAUGGUGUCCUGUGAUCGCAUGCAAUUUUGGUAUAAUGGCCUUUACAUGGAAACUCUGAGUUUCAGGAACGGUUUGCCAUAAUCUUUUGCUAUGUCAUUAUGGGGAAUAGAAUCUGGUUAUCGUUGGAGGUUGGUAGUUAAAAUUAAAUUUAUGCUUAUUUUGGUUGCUGAGCAGGGGAAGUUUCCGAAUGCUUUUAGAUGUGUUCUUGAACAAUUUUAUUUCCAGUUCCCGAACGAGCAUUCAAAAUAAAUCGUACUUUCGCCUUUUUGGUAA